AUGACUAAAAUGGCCGAGGAACAAUGGCGUUCUGGGGUGAUACUCAGGCGUAAUCGCCCUGGUUCUUCAGCGAAGGAUUUUCGUCGGUGGCCCGAUGAACCUUUCGAAGAGAUGGAUAGUACUUUGGCUGUACAACAAUUUAUACAACAAACAAUAAGACGAGAUCCUGCGAAUUUGGAAGCGAUUCUUAAAAUACCCGAGGCACAGGAUGACGGUGUUUGGAAAUACGAACAUUUGAGACAAUUUUGUAUGGAGCUAAACGGAUUGGCAGUAAGAUUACAAAGCGAGUGCAAACCCGAAAUAUGCACUCAAAUGACAGCAACGGAACAGUGGAUAUUUUUGUGUGCUGCUCACAAAACACCAAAAGAGUGUCCAGCUAUUGACUAUACAAGACACACACUUGACGGUGCUGCAUGUUUAUUAAACAGCAAUAAAUAUUUUCCAAGCAGAGUCAGUAUAAAAGAGUCUUCUGUAGCAAAACUGGGCUCUGUAUGCAGAAGAGUGUAUAGAAUAUUUUCUCAUGCUUAUUUCCAUCACAGAGCAAUAUUUGAUGCAUUCGAAAAGGAGACCCAUUUGUGUAAACGGUUUACAUAUUUUGUAACGAAAUACUCGAUUAUAUCUAAAGAGAUACUUAUACUGCCAAAACUUGAAGAUGAAACUCCGAUUGCUCAGCAACCCGGAGAAUCUGAAGCUUAG